AUGGCCGAAGUUCCUAACAAGUCAACGGCGGAGCCCGCCCACGUCGAGGACGGCGACCGCGAUGAGGUUCACGCCGCCGAGAAGCAACUGCACGAUGCCGAAGAGACUGGCAAGCUCGAUGCGAUCAACCAGGCCAUGGCCAUGCAGGGUACCCUUGCCGAGCACGAGCUCAGCAACUGGCAGGCUCUGGUCAAGUACCGCAAGGCUGUGUUCUGGUCUGUCUUCGUAUCGCUGUCCAUCAUUAUGAGGGCGUACGAUAUUGAAAUCACUGGAAACUUCUUUGCCCUGCCGGCCUUCCGUAACCACUUUGGCGAGAUGGUCCCUGGCCACAGCAUGCAAAUCCCCACUCAGUGGCAGGUUGCUAUGUCUAUGGGAGCGAUCGUCGGACAGGUCCUGGGAGCAUGGGCCGUUGCGGUCCCCAUGGACAGGUUCGGCCGCAAGAAGACUCUCAUCGGAUACUUGCUCGUCACCGUUGCCCUUGUCUUCAUGCAAGUCUUUGCACCCAGCAGACAGGUGCUCACUGCGUCGAUGUACCUCUGCGGCAUCAUCUGGGGUGGCUACCACGUUCUCGCACCUACCUAUGCCUCCGAAGUCCUGCCCCUGCGUCUACGUGGUUACUUCACCGGCUAUGUCAACCUCUGCUACGUGAUCGGCCAGUUCCUCCAAACCGGCAUCACCCGCGGCUUCGUCCACUGGGAUUCAGUCUGGGCCUACAAGAUUCCCUACGCCAUCCAGUGGGUCUGGCCAGCGAUCCUGCUUCUCGGCCUCUGGUGGGCGCCCGAGUCUCCCUGGUGGCUCAUCCGCCAGAACCGCAUGGAGGACGCCAAAGCCGCACUCGACGCCCUCUCCAAUAAGUCGAACCACGCCGAGAACCACAAUAUCCUGGCCAUGAUGGUCAAGACCGACCUGUACGAGCGCGAAGUCGAGGUCGGCGCCACGUACCGCGACGUCUUCAAGGGUCCCAACCUGCGCCGUCUCGAGAUCAGUGCCAUGCUCUUCGUCUGCCAGAACUUCUCGGGUAACCCCGUCGGCUUCGCGACCUACCUGUUCGAGCAGGUCGGUCUGAGCACCGAGAAUGCAUUCAACAUGGGCAUCGGUCUGAACGGUGUCGGCUUCAUCGGCUGCAUCUUCAGCGUGUUCCCCAUCGCUUACUUUGGCCGCCGCAAGACGUGGAUGAUGGGCAUCACAUACUGCCUUGUCGUCCUGUGGAUCGUUGGCUUCAUGUGCCUGGCCAAAGACUACAAGACCAAUCCGGCCUAUUCAUGGGCACAGGCCACGCUCCUCAUCACGUUGCAGCUCAUCUACUCGCUCUCGCUCGGCCCGCUGUGCUUCACCAUCUCGUCUGAGAUCCCCUCUACGAAGCUGCGAGCCAAGACACUCGGAAUCGCUGCCACUAUCAAUGGCGCGACAUAUCUUGUCAUCACCGUUGCCGGACCAUACCUGCUGAACCCCGGAUCGGCCAACGCUGGCGCAAAGAUCGAGUUUCUUUGGGGCGGUCUCACACUGCUCAACACUAUCUGGAGUUACUUCCGUCUCCCUGAGACCGAUAACAGAACUUAUGAAGAAUUGGAUAUCCUCUUCGAUCGACGUGUACCGGCUCGCCAGUUUAAGAAGUAUGUUAUUGAGCAAGAGGAGGAAUAG